AUGGAAUCGGUACAACCUCCGAGGCCAACGGCUGGGCGGAAGCACCGUGGCAAACAAGGUCCCGUGUGGAGCAGGCUGCUGAAGACGGACGAGGACCUCGCGCAAAAGCAGGCGAGCAAGCUCCUUUUAAGCCCUUGGCUGCCAUGGAGGACUCAACUUGGUGCCUCCAGGCAAGUGCCACAUUCGCGGCGCGACUUCUACGGCGACGCGAGAGACUGCUCCAAGAGAUUGAGGAGCCCCGUGGAGGCGAACUUGCGGGAGAAGGACGUUGCGGAGGCCGGGCGAAACAUGGAGCAAUGCACGACAGAACCUUGCGUUCUACGAACAACGUGGUGA